AUGUCGACUGAAUCAAACACUGCCGCUGCCACCACUCCGGCCACCACCGCCGCCAUCAUUUCCUCCACCAUGGCAUCCACCACGAUGAUGCCAACUCUCGGGCUCUAUUCAUCUUCAUCAACAACCCCUUGGGUGUAUUCUAACACCCAUGGGCUCACUGGUGGAUCCACCUCGAGUGGGUCGGUUGGUUCCACUUUUAGUGGUUCCAUCGGAUCCUUUAAUGGAUCGAGUGUUGGGGCCUUCGGGUCUCACACAAGUGUUGGGGCCUUCGGGUCCAGCACGGGUAUUGGCUCCUUCGGGACCAGCACGAACAUGACGGGCUCUAUGCCCGUCAUGAACAUGACGUGCUCAACGCCCAACAUGAAUGGUGGGGGCCCUAUGCCCAACCAUGUUGUUGGCUCCUUCGGGGGCAACAUGAAUGGUUCCUUCCAAGGACCAAGUGCGGCACCUUUGGCACCUAGAAUGAUGCCACCCGCCGAAAAGCCACAUAAAUUUGGAGGAGCUGACUUCAAGAGGUGGUACCAAAAGAUGUUGUUCUAUUUGACAACAUUGGGCGUCGCCAACUUCCUCACGGAGAACUAG